ACUCGGCGGCGCCCGGCUGGUUAGAACGUUAACUACCCGGCACGUUCCAUGUGCGGGCGGCUUCUCAAGCCAGUGCAUCAUGGUUUGAGAGAGAGAUGGGGGCUAGGGUGACCCGCGCUUUCCGGAACUUCAACCUGGAGAACCGUGCCGAGAGGGAGAUCAGCAAGGUGAAGCCGUCUGCUGCCCCCAAGCACCCCUCCACCGAGGCACUGAUGCUGGAGCAACUCAGCCACCAUCCAGAACUAGAGGAAAUAGUUAAAAGAAAAGAUGACAAGCUGCUCACAUUGUUAAAAGAAGUAUAUGUUGAGUCCAAAGAUCCUGUUCCACCUGUGCGGGUGAAAGAUGCCAGUAUACCUCAGUCGACAGAGCUCAGACUUCUAAAAGGCAAUCACUUUAAUCUCAUGACUUCCCAGAACAUUCCCAAGGGCAAAAUUUCUGUGGUGGAGGCUCUCACACUACUUAACAAUCAUAAACGUUCUCCUGAAACAUGGACUGCAGAGAAAAUAGCCCAGGAAUAUUCUCUGGAACUAAGGGAUGUUAAAUCCCUUCUCACAUUUUUCGUUGCUUUUGAUGUGAAGAUCUUCCCUGCCAGUAAUGGAAAGAAAGCCAUAUCAUCGAAGUGAAAGAAGGAUCAGAAGCAUCUUCCACUGUGCUCCCCAUGUGCGCCCUUGUCCUGUUCUUCGCCUCCUGAAUGCAUUAAAUUAUGCUGCCAUUUGGCUAAGUGAUUACAGUUCCCUCUUUGUGACUGAAAACUUUUAUUUAAUGAGCAGCUGAUUGUGUCAGGCUGCUGGCUGAGCAGGAAAUAUUUUGACAGUACUUUGUCCUGCUGUAUUCUAUCAUGUGUAUGUCCAAAUGAGUGAUGAGCUCAACAUCAGUGUGUUCCUUAGAAGUGGGAAAGGCAGGCUGUUAUUUUUAGGCAUACCAUGUGACCACUUCUGAAAUGGUCACAGUCUCUUGGGAAAUAUCUGAGAGUCUCUAUUUAAAAUUAAAGAAAAAAAAUUUGUCUUCCAGUUCAGGUGGAAAGUGCUUUCUUCCCUGGGUUGAUAAAAGAAGAGUCUUAUGGCUGUGGCAUUUAACCUCAGAAGAGUGAUACUUGGAAGAGUAAUAAGAUAGCAUUUCCCAGGCAAAGAAAGAGAACAGAGAACCAAGAUAAAAACCAACAAAAAAGAGAGUAUUAGUAUUUACAAAAUUACCUUUUUAUGAUUGCUGUAUAUGAUGGAAGAGAGAAAGAGAAGUUUAGAAAUUGUGUUGUUUGGAUUUUUAACAUGUAAUGUUUGAUGUCUAAAUUUUGUUAGGGGGGGACUCUAAAACCUGUGACAGGUGUUUAAUUUUAAAUAUACAGAGUUUGGCUAAGGAAAAGAUUUCAGUGUGGCAUGUAAGAGCAGUCCCUGAAAAGCAACCACAUCUGGAUUUAACCUAUUACAGUGAGAACUUCCUAUUCUGGAAGGUGACCUGGAUUCUAGAUCCCAGUCAAAUAGCUGCAUGACCUUGAGAAGGUCACUUGAGUUUCUGGGCCCAACUAUCAUAUAUAGAGCAAUUUAAGGUUUGUAGAGCACUGUCCAUGUGUCAUGAAUAAUAAUCUACAAGGUCAGUUCCAGUUUCAUGAUUUUAUCUUAAACUGGUCACAUUAAGGAAGGGAAUGAGGACCACAAAGAUGUUCUUGGACAAUUUGUUGAAAUGGAAAGAAUGUUAGACUCAGAGUUGGGAGAGACCUGGGUCUGAAUCCCACUUCUAACACUUGUCUAUGUGACCAUAGACAAAUAAUAGCCUACUUCAGCUUCCCUUUCUUCAUCUGUAAAAUGGAGGUUGUAAUAUCAAUCUCACAAGGUUCUUGUGAGGCCCAAAUGAAGUAAAAACUCCUUGGCAAGCCUUAAGGUACAAUGUGCAAAUGUCAGGUAUUAAUAUUCUUUCUUAGUGUUGAAGCACUAAGUUAAGUUCAGUGGUCAAGUUCAAUAUUAUUAGCUAACAAUUAAAGGUCUGCAAACACUUUACAUCCUUUUUCUCAUUUCAUAAUCUCACUUAUCAUUUGAGGUAACUGCUGUUAUCUCUUUUACAGAUGAGGAAGUUGAGGCUGAAAGGGUGUCUUUUUCAAGGUCACGCAGCUAGUAAAUGCAGCAGGUUUCAAACUCAAACCUUCCUGACUCCAAGACCGGCACUCUAUCCACUGUAGUCACAGUGACUCCUAGAGGAUACAUGUGAGAGAGGAACAUAAACCCUUAUGCACUCAGGGAUCCCUUUGGGAUCUAACCAGAGAUGACAGUUCUCUGAUGCAAUUUGCAGAAUAUUAUGUGGAAGCAACUUAGAGAUUUUCUAGCUCAACUCCUCAUUUUUACAGAUGAGAAAACUGAGGUUCAGUGACUUAACAGCCCAUGGGAAGGUCUCCUGAUUCCUAGGCCAGUCCUCAUUAUAUGAAGAAGCCAAACAGAAGGACAGAGGUGCUGUAGGAGCCAGUAAGCAAGUUACCUGAAUCUUUUGCCAACAUUCAUUAGGCUUCUUUUCUUAGUUCAUGGGAGUGAUUUCCAUAAUGCAUCCACAGAGAUUCCUUAGGCACACGUUAUGGAGGAAGCUUAGAAACUGGGGAGCAAAUUAUUUUUUGGAGGGAUAAAAAGUAGUAAUGCUAGGAAGAAGGAACCUGGAUGCCAAAUGGGAAUUUUUGUUAGAAACUUUCCAAGUACAUCUUCCAAAUAGCCCUUACUGCUACUUUGUAUUUGGCAAAAACAGAGCUUGUUUUGAAAAAUAAGAUAGCUAUAGUUAUAAAAAUUGCUUUUAAAAACUCAUGACAUGGGUUUAUACCAACUGUAUUCUCUGCUCUUACUUUCGUUGCCCAUUCUGUUCUAUGGGAGCCAACCUGCAAAUCUAUAAAUAACAGCAUUGGUUUAACACAUGAUUCCUUUCCAGGCAGCUAUAAAUACAACUGCUGCUGCUAUAUGUUAUAUGACAUGCUAUAAUAAAAGUCGUUGUUUUAUUAUCUUUCUAAUAGCCAUGGAGGGAGGGGAUUGGUACGGACUUCGGUUGCCCUAUGCUAUUUCAGCAGCAACAACUCACCGUAUCCUCAAAUUGAAUUUUUCUGAUUCUUUUCCAUUUAGCCUCAGAUUCAGAACUGUAAUGUCACCAUUUUUAUUUUUCAGGCAGGCACGAUUGUAAUUAAAACUUAUCAUGCACUGGUAAUAAAUACUGUGAAAGAAAGCAAUAAAAAGGGGCCACAUUUAAUUGACCUAAAGAGAUUAAAAUCAACUUUUUUCUCCCUU